CUUUUGUAUGAACUUCCUUCAGACACAGAAUCGGACUCUGAUUUCCUUUGCAGAUGAAGUUCCUGACAGUGUUGGCUUGCGUCGUGGCCGCCGCCGUGGCCAGCCCCUCCCUCCGCCAGCAAUGGCGUGACUUCAAGGCUGAGCACGGCCGCCGCUACGCCAGCGUGCAGGAGGAGCGCUACCGCCUGUCGGUGUUCGAGCAGAACCAGCAGUUCAUCGACGACCACAACGCCAGGUUCGAGAACGGCGAGGUCACGUUCACGCUCCAGAUGAACCAGUUCGGCGACAUGACCUCCGAGGAGUUCACCGCCACCAUGAAUGGCUUCCUCAACGUUCCCAGCCGUCGGCCGACUGCGAUCCUGAGAGCCGACCCCGACGAGACUCUCCCGAAGGAGGUGGACUGGCGCACCAAGGGCGCCGUGACGCCCGUCAAGGACCAGAAGCAGUGCGGCUCCUGCUGGGCCUUCUCCACGACGGGGUCCCUGGAGGGCCAGCACUUCCUGAAGGACGGCAAGCUGGUGAGUCUGUCCGAGCAGAACCUCGUCGACUGCUCCGACAAGUUCGGCAACAUGGGCUGCAUGGGCGGCCUCAUGGACCAGGCCUUCCGCUACAUCAAGGCCAACAAGGGCAUCGACACCGAGGACUCCUACCCGUACGAGGCUCAGGACGGUAAGUGUCGCUUCGACGCCUCCAACGUCGGCGCCACCGACACCGGCUACGUGGACGUCGAGCACGGCAGCGAGAGCGCCCUCAAGAAGGCCGUGGCCACCAUCGGCCCCAUCUCCGUGGCCAUCGACGCCUCCCAGCCGUCCUUCCAGUUCUACCAUGACGGCGUGUACUACGAGGAGGGCUGCUCGUCCACGAUGCUGGACCACGGCGUGCUGGCGGUGGGCUACGGCGAGACGGAGAAGGGCGAGGCCUACUGGCUGGUCAAGAACUCGUGGAACACCUCCUGGGGCAACAAGGGCUACAUCCAGAUGUCGCGCGACAAGAAAAACAACUGCGGCAUCGCCAGCCAGGCUUCCUACCCGCUGGUCUACGAAAAACGUGGAAGGGGGAAGGCGGCUUCAGAGUCCGUCGAGAUGAAGUCCCUGGCAGUAUUGGCAUGCGUCGUGGCCGUGGCCGUAGCCACUCCGUCCCUCCGCCAGCAGUGGCAGAACUUCAAGGCUGAGCACGGCCGCCGCUACGCCAGCGUGCAGGAGGAGCGCUACCGCCUGUCGGUGUUCGAGCAGAACCAGCAGUUCAUCGACGACCACAACGCCAGGUUCGAGAACGGCGAGGUCACGUUCACGCUCCAGAUGAACCAGUUCGGCGACAUGACAUCCGAAGAGAUCGUGGCCACAAUGAACGGAUUCCUCGGCGCUCCCACCCGUCGACCGGCGGCCGUCCUGAAGGCUGACGACGAGACUCUCCCGGAAAAGGUGGACUGGCGCACCAAGGGCGCCGUGACGCCCGUCAAGGACCAGAAGCAGUGCGGCUCCUGCUGGGCCUUCUCCACGACGGGGUCCCUGGAGGGCCAGCACUUCCUGAAGGACGGCAAGCUGGUGAGCCUCUCAGAGCAGAACCUCGUCGACUGCUCCGACAAGUUCGGCAACAUGGGCUGCAUGGGCGGCCUCAUGGACCAGGCCUUCCGCUACAUCAAGGCCAACAAGGGCAUCGACACCGAGGACUCCUACCCGUACGAGGCUCAGGACGGCAAGUGUCGCUUCGACGCCUCCAACGUCGGCGCCACCGACACCGGCUACGUGGACGUCGAGCACGGCAGCGAGAGCGCCCUCAAGAAGGCCGUGGCCACCAUCGGCCCCAUCUCCGUGGGCAUCGACGCCUCCCAGUCGACCUUCCAUUUCUAUCACACUGGCGUGUACCACGACGACCACUGCUCCUCGACCAUGCUGGACCACGGCGUCCUGGCGGUGGGCUACGGCAGUGACGAGAACGGCGGGGACUUCUGGCUGGUCAAGAACUCGUGGAACACCUCCUGGGGCGACAAGGGAUACAUCAAAAUGUCCCGAAACAGGAACAACAACUGCGGCAUCGCCAGCCAGGCCUCCUACCCGCUGGUGUAGACGCGAGGUCAAAGGUCAUUUUGGAGAGACCUUUGGUGAUUUUCCUUUGACGCAAUACGAUCUCUAGAAGUACAUUGUUAGUUUUAG